AUGGACGACGAACUCGCUCUGCUUGAACUCUACAUGGAGGAAAAGGCGCCUACGGCAAGCUGCCUGGAGAAUAGCCUCACUCUAACGAUGGACGGAAUCGAAAGGCAACUCGAAACUGCUGCUACCAUUCGCUCCGAUUGGACGCACAUGAAAGGAGACGCAGAACUCAACUUCAGCAAACCUCCGGAACAAGUUAUCGCAUUGAGUCGAAUCCUAAGAGCAGCGGAAUCGGCGAAGGAAAAGAUAGUGCAGCUAUCUUACAAGUAUUUCUUUACAAGGAAGUGGUACGAAAGACUAUUCGAUCCUGCUCGACGCAACAGCUGGCUCCAAAUGCAGAGAAAAACAACGAACAUCUCUGAAAUUCUCUCAAGGAGCGACGAAGAAAUCAAACGCCUUGGCAUCCUGAUAAGAGAAAUCCAGAGGGAACUCACAAAGGCGGAAGGACAAGUGUAUAAUUCAAAACAAUACGACCAAGCUGAAACCCAUAAAAGAAUGGCAUUCGCGCUUCACCGUACGGUACAGCGGCAGCAAGACGAAAUCACGGAGCUGAAACAGAAGAUAGGAGAGCUACAAGCCAUAAAGGUACAGUACGAAGAGAAGCUGAACCAGCAACAACAAGAGGAAAAAAGAGAACACACAGAAGCUGAAAUAUCUGACAAGGAAUACUUUGAAAAAAUGAUUGAAGAAGUCAAUGAUGACGACGAGCGGAUGGAGGACGUCCCCAAUUUGGAAGACAUUUCAAGUGACGACGAAGGCGACAUCUACAGAAACGACAGCUCCGACGAAAUCAUAAGGAUCAAUCGACUACAGGAAGACCUAUGGAAAAUGGAAGAAGUUCUUCAAAAGUUCCCAUACAGAAUGAUCGGAGAUUCUGACGAUGCGAAAAGUGGCAAACCGUGCGCCUUUUGUGGAAAGAUCAACUAUCAUUUCUCAGACUCUUGUCCAGAGGUGGUCGACGGAAAUGAAAGAUACCAUAUUGUCAACAGUGGAAAGCUCUGCGUACGCUGCCUGGGCAACUGCCCCAGAUACAAGUGCAAGUUCCAGAAGAAUCCGAGGAGUUGUUGGUACUGUGAUCGUAUCAGAGGGACCAUCGCUGAAGACCUUAUUCCGGAUGACGACGGCCAUCACAAAGCUCUCUGCAGUGUGCCGAAUUCAAGGAAACUCCUAAUGGACCGGAUCACAUCGCUCAGGAGGGAGAUCGAAGAAAGGAGAGCCAGAAUCAGCGGCCGGGAGUGUCGAAAAUUCGACCAUUGA